AAUUUGAAAUGCAACGCGCUCAGUGUAGCUGUGGCUGCGUAAGGAUGUGGACAAAGGUGCAGGAAGCUGGGUGUUAAAAAACAGAAAAGGAAAUUAAAAAAAACAUCAUUCUAACUAGUAAUCACCGAGAGGUUUCACCGCACAACAUUUCUCCAGAGGGUCUAAAACCGUAGGACACCAUGGAGUCGGCGGUGCUGAGCCUCCAGAGCUUAUAUGAUAAGCUGAGAAUGCAAGUUGACGUUCUCAAUGAGAACAUUGAACCUAACUUCAUUCAGAUGGUACAGAACUUUGAGGACUGCCGUCGCAAGUGGCUGAGGGCUGAGCAGGAGCUGGGAUCCUGCAAAGAAGUUCUCAGAAACGCCGAGACAGAGAGAGGAGCUCUGGAGGUCAAGCUAAAACAUGCCCGGAACCAAGUAGAUGUGGAAAUCCGCCGCAGACAAAAGGCUGAGGCUGACUGUGACAAACUGGACCGUCAAAUUCAGUUGAUGCGGGACCUCUUGACCAGUGAGGGAUCCUCUAACAGCAUCCAGUUGAGUGCAGAGCAGCGCUCGGCUCUGGCCUUCCUGAACACAAACUGUCAGGCAGCAGCCAACCUAAACACCAGCCGAAGACUGUUGACGAUAGAUGAGUCUGCCUCCAUCCUAUCAGAUAUCAGCUAUGACAAGACAGAUGAUUCUCUUGAUUGGGACUCCUCCACUGUGAGAACAGUACGACUCAAGAAACGUGAAAAAAGGCGCUCCUCAAGGAAUCAUGUCGAUGGCCCUCCACUCGCCUCCAAAAGGUCUCGAUCAACAGGCAGAACUUCAGGGAAGGUAAAUGAAACCCUUGUGACGAAGACCACAGUGACUGUCCCUGUAAGUGGAGGACCUGUUGAGGCUGUUUCUACCAUUGAGACUGUUCCUUACUGGACUCGCAGCAGGAGAAAGACCACUGCUAUGGAAUGGGACUCCGAAUCUGUCAAGUCUGAGGAUGUCUUCAAGCAGCCGAGCAACCCUGACGGAGAGAUGAAAGCUGAGCCCAGUACUCCACAGAGCAACGGCGGCGUCCGUCUUCAUGAAUUCGUCUCCAAAACUGUCAUUAAGCCGGAAUCCUGCGUGCCCUGUGGGAAGAGGAUCAAGUUUGGAAAGAUUUCACUGAAGUGUCGUGACUGCAGGGUUGUCUCGCACCCCGAGUGUAGAGAGCGUUGUCCUCUGCCCUGCAUCCCCAACCUGGGUGGCACACCAGUCCGAAUUGGGGAGGGUGUCCUUGCUGACUAUGUCCCUGACACAUCUCCCAUGAUUCCUCCUCUCGUGGUCCACUGUGUCAGUGAGAUUGAGCAAAGGGGCUUGCAUGAGGCUGGACUUUACCGUCUGUCCGGUGCUGACCGCACAGUGAAGGAGCUGAAAGAGAAGUUUCUCCGCAGCAAAACUGUCCCUGUGCUCAGCAAGGUGGACGAUAUCCACGCCAUCACUGGCCUCCUCAAGGACUUCCUGAGGAACCUCAAGGAGCCUCUUCUCACCUUCCGCCUCAACCGUCCCUUCAUGGAAGCAGCCGAGGUUUCAGAUGACGACAACAGCUUGGCUCUGAUGUACCAAACCAUUGGUGACCUGCCACAGCCCAACAGAGACACGCUGGCUUUCUUAGUCCUCCACCUUCAGAGAGUCGCUGAUAGUUUGGACACUAAGAUGGACAACCAUAACCUGGCCCGUGUUUUUGGUCCAACUAUUGUGGGACAUGCAGUUCCAAACCCAGAGCCUAUGACAAUCCUGCAGGACACCAAACGACAGCCUAAGGUUGUGGAGCGUCUCUUGGCUCUGCCGGUGGAUUACUGGGGCCAGUUUGUGAUGGCAGAGAGUGAGCAGCCGAACUUGAACCAUUUGAUCAUCGAGAACGCAAACUGCUAUGCCACCCCAGAGAGAGCGAGCAUGCUGGGACCUCUGACCACUCCAGAGCACCAGCUCAAUAAAACUCCCUCCUCCAGCUCCCUGUCUCAGCGCAUGAAGUCCACUCUGACCCCCAGAUUCGGGAGCAAAAGCAAAUCAGCGGUCGGAUUUUCUCGCCAAGGAAAGUUCUUUGCCUCGCCGCUCCUCAAAUAAUACAAAGCAGCUCCACUUAAUCCUUCAAUAACAACCAAAACAUUUUUGCAUUUAUGCAUAACAUUUGAUAAUAGCUGUAAAAUGCUUCAAUUUUAGUCAUCCUCUUUCUACUUAUAUUUUACAAUGGUAAGAGUUGCAUUUUGAUGGUUUUACAUGUUUGUUAAAGGUUUUUUUUUUUUAACCAAAUUGUAGCUUUUACCAUCUAUGCACACGUGUGUCUUUAGAGUCUUUGCUUUUACUAAAUGUUUAACAUGUUAUUCUCAUUUCAGAUCAUGAGAGUGUACUUUAGUCACUCUUUUUGAGAAGUGUGCUCAUAGAUGAAAAUAUGUACUGUAUAUGCAGCUUUAUUGUGACCUGCUUUUGUGUGUAAUCAUUACUUUUAAGGGUUUUCAGCUCAUGUGUCACUCAGAAGUUGAAGAACAGAUUGGCAUUUCAUUCUACGUUGUAAUUGAAUAUGUGGCUGCUUGUAGCUGUUAGUUUUGAUGUUUUAUUUCUGUUUCUAUUUGAGUUGAAUUGUCUUGAUUCCCCAAUGAUUUGUAAUGUAAAUGUUUAGAAUCACACAAGAUCCUUGAUUUUCCAUACCUCAACUACAAACAGUGGUUGUAAGACCACACAGAAGACCUUUCUCAUUGGCAGCAUCUUCUCAGUGAUCAACUACAAGCUUAACCAGUUGUGGGUUUUUGCUCACCAGUUGUUAUUUUUGCAUUGUCCGAUCAUUUUGCUCCUCCCAUGAUAAUUGCUCCGUGUAUUGUCUGUACAGUCGGAAGUUGCUUUGUAAUAUCACCAAUUCAGUUUCCGCGGCAUUAUUCGAUUAACUAUUAGCACAAUUUUUGUACACAAAUACGCUCUCCAAAAUUCAUGUAACUUAUAAAAUACAUUUCUAACAUUUACAAA